AUGCCUGGCACUAUCCCUCUCAGUGCCAGCGAGCUCAACGCUCUAGUCAUUACCGAAAGAGUCAACUCUUGCCUCUCUAUGGCUGGAAUUUUCUUCGUCCUCAUCACCUACACGUUCUCCUCCCACUUCGAUAAACCGAUUAACCGCCUCAUCUUCUUUGCAACUUGGGGAAAUAUUGGUUCCACCGUUGCAAGUUUGAUAUCAGAUGCAGGACCCUUGGCUGUUGUAGGCCACAAGACCGCACCGUUGUGCCAACUUCAAGGAUUUUUAGUACAGAGAGUUGACGCCUACUGGGCCUUUUGCAUGGCUAUCAACGUGUAUUUAGUAUUCUUUAGAGGAUACAGCACUGAUCAAUUGCGCUCUCUGGAUUUUUACUACCUACUCGCGUGCUUUGCACUCUCAUUCAUCCCAGCGAUCACGAUUGCUAUUAUCUUGGCCUUUGCGGUUUAUGCAAUGGCAGGGAAAGUGAUUUGGAACAAGCGCCGGCAUCUGGACGGGUUCCUCAAUCCUCUCAACGAAAACCCUUUUACUCAGAUAGUAACGACAGAAAUCGAGAUCACACAUCAAGAACGCUUUAUUGUUAAAGAAGAUGACGAAGCCCAAAAUACAUCUGAGAGGAUUGAGCAGUUCACACCCUACUCUGUCAACGUUCAGGUUGACCCCCAAGAUCAACCAGGACGUCCAAUGCCGGCACCGAUGCGUGUGCGUGGCAUAACACGGGAUAUAGCGGAAUCCGAGACAAACCCCGAUGCUUGGCUAUAUGCACGAGUUGCAUUUCUUUUUUUUCUAGCCCUGCUCAUCACUUGGGUUCCAUCUAGCGUGAACCGAGUGUAUGCUAUGGUAAAUCCGGACGAAGUAAACUUUGCUCUCAAUUAUGUCUCGUCAUUUGUCUUCCCACUACAGGGUUUCUGGAAUGUCAUCGUCUACAUUGUUACAUCUCAGCAAGCAUGCCGCCGACUAUGGAGUUCAAUGACUCGAAGGAGUUCAACGCGCCAGAAUGCGAAUUUUGGCCCGAACUUUACGGGCGGGGAUGUUGACGGACAACAUCGGUUUCCAUCCAAUUCAAAGCAGAGGUUACGGAGCAUUUCUAGCUUCAGUAAUACAUAA